GAAGAGAGAAGCUGGGGGUAACAGAGAGUUAGCUCGCUGGCAGGCAAGCCUUCAAGAAAAGUGCCAAAUUUACACACCGUUUGUAGAUAAUCUGCCUCGUCAUUUACGGCACGAUUUUGUUAGUGUUCACGCGAAGGGUAACACGUUUUUGUAAGAGUUUGAAACAAGGUAUUGCCAAAUUAACGCUAGCUAACGAGUUCGGUGCCAGCGAGCUAGCGAGCUAGCUAACGUAACGCCUAGUUAGCCACUAACGCUAACUGUCCUGAACAAUAACAGCUAGUUAGCUAACAGUCAACUCUGUGCCCGUCAAGAAGUCGCCGCUCCGGUGUGUUACAAGUUGAAACUGUGGAAAAAUGACAUCCAGGAAGAAAGUGCUUUUGAAAGUCAUCAUCCUGGGAGAUUCUGGUGUUGGAAAGACCUCCCUAAUGAACCAGUAUGUGAACAAGAAGUUUAGUAACCAGUACAAAGCUACAAUAGGAGCAGACUUCCUGACCAAGGAGGUGAUGGUGGACGACCGGCUCGUUACAAUGCAGAUCUGGGACACAGCUGGCCAGGAGAGGUUCCAGUCUUUGGGCGUUGCGUUCUACCGUGGAGCAGACUGCUGUGUGCUGGUGUUUGAUGUGACUGCACCUAACACCUUCAAGACACUCGACAGUUGGAGGGAUGAGUUCCUGAUCCAGGCCAGCCCUCGAGAUCCCGAGAACUUCCCCUUUGUGGUGCUAGGCAACAAGAUUGACUUGGAGAACAGACAGGUAACCACCAAAAGGGCUCAGGUGUGGUGUCAGAGUAAGAACAACAUCCCCUACUUUGAGACCAGCGCCAAAGAAGCCAUUAAUGUAGAACAGGCAUUCCAGACAAUUGCACGUAACGCCCUCAAACAAGAGACAGAGGUGGAGUUGUAUAAUGAAUUCCCAGAGCCCAUUAAACUGGAUAGGAAUGACAGAGCUAAGCCUUCAGCAGAAAGCUGCAGCUGCUAAGGGACAACUUGGACCAUCUUCUCUCUUGGCUUUCUGAAACACCCUGUCACCAGUUACAUCACCUGCACCUUGCUCCCAGGGAAAAGACUUCCCUACUGGUCUUCCUCCUUCGCGCCACUGUUCAUUCCAUCGACACGACCCCUCACGCAGUACGCUGCACACGGAUGUACCCCACCACUCACUUAGAACACAAAUUAAUACACGAGCGUACACUCGCUUACAAAUCCAGUGCCCAAAGAUCACAUGAGAGAAGAAUGACACCCUUUCUGACCUCACAGUCCCCGACUCGAUAGUGAGUGAUCUCCUGACCCGCCCACCCACUCUUCUGACUGUGGCCCCUGACUCUCACACCGGGGGGUGGGGUGGGGGGGGCG